AAAGAAAUUAUUUGAACUUCCCACUGCCUCAUAAAAAGGAAACAGAAUAGCAGUUUUGACAUAUGGAUGUGAUUUUUCUGCUCUGAGACAGAUGCACACGGAAAACAAACAGCACCAGGGGCUGCAGCUCUGAGUUGCUCCGCUUCACAUGGGCUCCUCCGCUGCGUUCAGGGAGCUGCCCAGAUCUCCAGCCAUGAGAAAGCGAAGCAAAGGACCGGGCUUUCUUGUCAUGUGCCUUUCUGGCUAAAACUGUGGAAACAAACAAACAAUCAAACAAACACAAAUUCUGGAGGGGGGGGGGGCGGGAGGGAAGGAGAAGGAGAAAUCAUCCGCAACCGGAGCGCUGGAAGACCUCUCGUCCUCCUACUUCCCCGAGCGAGCUUGGAUGCUGGAAGGAGCCUCUUGGAUAUGGGAUCAUAUCUGGUUUAUCACAGCCUGGGUUUGAUCCUCUGCUGCUCCGUGCUGAGUUCAGUCUACGCUCUGGUGGAUGCUGACGAUGUCAUCACUAAAGAGGAGCAGAUCUUCCUACUGCUAAAAGCCAAGGCCAAGUGCGAGCGACACCUGAAAGCCAAGGUGCCCAAGGUGCACGAUGGCUUUUGUCUUCCUGAGUGGGAUGGCAUUGUCUGCUGGCCAGAAGGCGUGCCAGGCAAAGUGGUGGCUAUGCCAUGUCCAGAGUACAUCUACGACUUCAAUCACAAAGAUGUCCUCUCUUGGAGACCCCACGCACAUAGAUUUCGUGUUAGAAGCCAGGAGGAACAGGUGAUCCAUCCCUUUUUCUUCCACAACCCAACAGGGCAUGGAUUCCCCACCUCAUUGGCAUCCACUGGUCAAGUCACACAGGGCCACGCUUAUCGCCGGUGUGACCUGAAUGGAAGCUGGGAGCUGGUCCCCGGCAACAACCGCACCUGGGCAAACUACAGUGAAUGUGCCAAGUUCCUCACCAACGAGACGAGGGAAAGGGAGGUCUUUGAUCGCCUCUAUUUGAUUUAUACUGUUGGAUACUCCAUCUCUCUGGGAUCCCUCACAGUUGCUGUCCUUAUCCUGGGAUACUUCAGGCGUUUGCACUGCACUAGAAACUACAUCCACAUGCACCUAUUUGUCUCCUUCAUGCUGAGAGCCGUGAGCAUCUUUGUGAAGGACGCGGUCUUGUACUCUGGGUCAGCUUUGGAGGAGAUGGAGCGGAUCUCUGAGGAAGACCUGAAAUCCAUUACUGAAGCACCUCCAGCAGACAAGUCACAGUUUGUGGGUUGUAAAGUAGCGGUUACCUUCUUCCUCUACUUCCUGGCAACCAAUUACUACUGGAUCCUGGUGGAAGGGCUCUAUCUCCACAGCCUCAUCUUCAUGGCAUUUUUCUCAGAGAAGAAGUAUCUUUGGGGAUUCACAUUAUUUGGCUGGGGUCUCCCUGCUGUAUUUGUUACAGCAUGGGCCAGCGUGAGAGCCACUCUAGCCGACACAGAGUGUUGGGACUUGAGUGCUGGCAAUUUAAAAUGGAUUAUUCAGGUGCCCAUCCUGGCAGCUAUCGUGGUAAAUUUUAUUCUUUUUAUCAAUAUUAUCAGAGUCCUAGCAACCAAGCUACGGGAGACAAAUGCAGGGAGGUGUGAUUCAAGACAACAGUACAGGAAGCUGCUGAAAUCUACCCUCGUCCUUAUGCCUCUCUUUGGCGUUCACUAUAUUGUUUUCAUGGCUAUGCCAUACACAGAUGUGUCAGGGAUUCUUUGGCAAGUUCAAAUGCACUAUGAAAUGCUGUUCAACUCUUUCCAGGGAUUUUUUGUUGCCAUCAUAUACUGUUUUUGCAAUGGAGAGGUCCAAGCAGAAAUAAAGAAGUCAUGGAGCAGGUGGACAUUAGCACUUGACUUCAAAAGGAAAGCACGAAGUGGGAGCACAACCUACAGUUAUGGACCAAUGGUUUCCCACACCAGCAUCACAAAUGUAGCCACGAGAGGGGCACUUGCCCUCCAUCUCAAUACAAGACUUAUACCAGGGACCCUCAAUGGACACCGGAAUUUACCAGGUUAUGUAAAAAAUGGCUCUAUUUCUGAAAACUCCAUGCCUUCUUCUGGACCAGAGCAGUACAACAAAGACGAGGAGUACCUGAAUGGUUCUGGGCUUUAUGACGGAGACAGACCCACAGUACUUGUUGAAGAAGAAAGAGAGACUGUGAUGUAAAGAGAAUAGGAGAAGAAGCAAAAGGAUGAGAAAGGUUCCUGGAGAGCAUUUAGUGGGCAAAAGAAUAUCAGGCCACGCAUCAGAUGCCAAGGAUUUCCAUACAGUUUCUCUGUUCGGUGGAACGAGAGGUUAAGUUAUAUGGGAAAAAAAGGUGAGCCACCAAUGUGGCCAGUGGUUGGAUCACACACAUAUAUUCAGUGAUCUAAGUCUCCCUGGUGAUAAUGGGGGCAGGGCUGUCCCGAGGGCCUUGCUACCUGCUGAACAGAGAUACUGAGAGUUGGCGAGGGAGGGUUGCACCGCAGCACGUGGUCCUUUCACCUCUUGGAGAGCUUGGUUAGCUGGGGAGGGUGGGAGUCUCACCCAGUAGAGCAAGAGUCUUGCAGGGAGCAUGCAGUGCCAUCUUCUUGCAAGGGUACAAAGCCACCCUGGGCACCAGCAUCUUCAGUUCAGUUUGCUCUUUCCUCUUAAAGUCUGUCUGGUAACACACACGAGACCUACUCGGGGGGCUGUAGCUGCCCAUUGUUGCAGCCAAGAGCUCAGCAUGGACGGGUCGGUACGACCAGCUGCCUGGGGCAUGUUCUUCCGUUGGGUAUUCCCACUGCCUGCCAAAAUGUUCAUCUGGAGUGGGCAGAGUUAACAGCUCAUGUUGCUAGAUGCAGGCAGAAAACCAUAUUCUCCUUUCUCUGACCUGAGUCCCAGUAGCAAGCCAGAAACCAGUGCAAUUUUAGGAUGGAAAAUGUGGUUAUCAGAACGUGCGAAAAUGUCAUUCUUCCAGAUACAGCAGUGGAGAGAGGCCCACCCUGACUGCUCCCAGGCAGGCUGAGGCAGGGAGGGGAAUUUGCUUGUGAUCUUCAGAAGACCUUCAUGAAGCGUGUGUGCUGGUGUGUGCGUGGCUAAAAUCUGCUCAGAGGGUAGCUAACUGAGCCCUCCCUGUCUGUGGAUGCUCAUGGAAACAAGCUUUGGUCAUUUUUUUUUAUCUUUAAAUUGAUGCUCAUUCUCCCCUCUGAAUUUCUUGUUUCUCACUACUCCAUGCUCUCAUGAGGAGAAAGACUCCUUCAAAUCUGCCUGCACCAUCCAGAGGCAUGAGAUGCUGGAUACAGCCAGGCACACCUGGCUUGGUUCUUCAUGAGAACCAAGGGCAAAAUUUGCUGGACAAAAGCACAGGGAUUGCUCCUAGAUGGUCACCUUCUGAGCAUCUUUCCCAUUCUUAAUGGUGGGGCCAUUCAAAUGAGCCACACACACACACCUAUGUACACCUGGCCACUGCCUUAGCUGGUGCCAAUGAGUAUAAAACUUCAGCCAAAACCACUGAGUUUGCCUAGAGAUGCUCAGAUGAGGAAAUGUUAUUGGGGUUGCCUCCGAAGGGAAGAGAACAAGGAAAGGCCUGAUUCACACAUCCUAGAGAUGUAUGAAGAGAGAGACUAGGAAUAUUUUGUCCUUGUGCAGAGUUUUCCUUGCUGGUGGUUUUUGCAAGGUGUGCCAAAAGGUCAUUUUCUGACACACUUCAUGUCUUCAGCAGCGGCAAAGAGAUACAGCCCUUGUUGACCAACCGUGCUAUGUGUUUAGGCCAUUUCACACCAGUUGAGCAUUAGCAAAGGGUCUCUGUCCGUUCUGAAGCAUGAUUCAGAAGUGCCCAAUACUGGGAAAUUAGGAACAGUGACCAGAUUUCCUACUGCAGCAAGUGCUUCCUCAAAGGAAGGACUCUGGCUGAGCCAGCCUGGAUCCUCUCUUCAGACCCUAUCAUAAUGUCACUAUUCACUUCAAGCUGUCCAAAAGUCAGCACCUCAUGGUGUUUUGUUUUGGUUUUUGUUUGUUUGUUUGUUUGUUUUGGUUUUUGUUUGUUUGGUUGGUUUUGUUGUUGUUGUUUUUUCAUAUUUCUUUUUUGCUUUCUUGGUAAAUUUCCAUUACCUGAAGCAUUUUCACUCCCCCUUGCUGUUAUUCGAAUUGGAUAGAAAACAGGCCUUGGGGAAAUUUGCAGAAGUCCUUUAGGAUGCAGGCGGAACCUGUAGAAUAGCCUGUUCUCUAUCCUGGUCCUUUAGAUAUGCUGCUGGGUGGCACCAACCAGCACCUCUGAGAUGCAUCCACUGCAACUUUUGAGUACGUACUAAGGACUAACUUCCCCCAAAACUCUGAAGGAGGUCAGGAAGAGCUGUUGAGACCUUGACUCUGCUUUCUGUGUCCCAAAUUGUCUUUAAGCAGCCCCUCAGGUUAGGAUCCAAAGCCCAGUGAAAUCAAGAAACAAACCUCCUGCCCUUGACAUCCCUGGGUUUUGGAUUCAGACCUGGUAGGGGAUGUGGUGGCUAAGGGGCAAGCCUCUGUAAGGCAUCAAAGCAUCUCUCAACCAGUUGCAAACACACAUGAGCCAAUCUUUAAAAGCCAGUAUUUAUUUGUGAUGUUUGUUGGGUUUUUUUGUUUGUUUGUUUUGUUUCGUAUCAUUAGAAUAAGUCAAAAUUCCUCGUAACAAUUUAACACCAAUCGACAGCUAUUGAAGGGACAGGUUUUCAUAGCAUAAUCUUUUUUUCCUGCUCUCUUAUUGUCACUGUUGCUAUUAUGAAGAACAAUAUUCAUAAGAACAAUGCUAACAAUGUUAUUACAGAGAAGUUAGGUAGCCUUGCCAGAGAAGUCAGCUCUAGUGAAAGCUUGUCAUGGAGAGCUAACCAGCUCUGCAGAAAUCUGGGUCAGCCCAGCCAUGCUCGCUGCUUGCCUUUUCCUCACAGAUUUUGGCAUGGCCUCAGGAGGGAAUAUAAAGGCGGCAGAAGUUAUCACCAGUCGGCUGUCAGUGUGUACAGCUGCAAUAUUUACCAUCCCGUGUGGCUGAACCACCAAUAAGAGAGAAGCACAUCGAGUAUGCUGGCUCUGGCUUUCUAUCCAUCUAGAAGCAUGUUGUGCUUAAAUCCUCCAAGUAAAUGCAAUGACCUUCCUGAUUUUCUCGCUCAAAGAUCACUUAGCAUCAUUUCACUGUUGGAACAAAGAAAAAGACGAAAGACCAAAAAAAAAAUCACCAAAAAAAAUGCUGGUGACUCACUGUUUACUUCUGCUUGUUACAGACACCUCAAGAUUAACAACAUUUGACAAUCACUUAGCAAAGUUCAAGGAAUUAGCAAAAACCAUACAAUUAUUUAUAAACAAAUACAAAACCCCUCGUAAACUGAAAUGCAUUCAUCACUGGAUUAUUUAGAAUAAAUGCUUAAAAACUGAUGAUAAAUGGAGAUAAAAAUCACAUGCACAAGGGGAAGAAAUCUUUUCCUGAUCUUUUCAAAUGCAAAUCAUACAUAGAUUUUUUUUCUUGGUGUUUCAAUAUUCAUGAAAAAAUUUCAAAGUUGCUUAUACCAAAACUGGGGAAUAAUUCUGCCUUUAAACUCAUGACAGACUGUGAGGCAGACUGUAUAUUUGUCAAAGUCUGUUCCUAUCUGUCCUGUGCUGAGUGCUGAGAUUGCAGAAAGUGUUGACUGAGUGUAUAGGCCAUGCUUUGUUAGCUAGGGAUCCAAGGACAUCCUCCACUGAUGCUUUGAAACAGAGAAAAAAACACUAUUUGCAGUUUGAAUUUGUGCUGGAAGGGCAGGCAGAGUGGUCCUAUCAGUGCUUAGCCAAAAACCUCCAGAUUUGGAGUGCAGUCACCUUCACUUUUCUCCAUCACCAGGAGAUGUAGGCACUUCUCAAGGACAGUUUAUCCCCAUCCAAAGGUCUGAGUCCCCCUGGGGUGACAGUUCCCAUCCUGUCUGAUUUACUAGGGCAGAUACAGAAAAAUGCCACCAAAAAAAAAAAAAUAGAUGGAGGAGGAUAGAGAGCAGGUGGCUGUGGAGUCAGGAUGCAGCCAACACUUGGGUAGAGAGACUUUCAAAAACCCGCCCUAGGAGGAGGCAAAGGCUUGGAGGAACUGGUUGUCUGUAUCUUUCCAGUUUUUCUUCUUCCCCUGUGUCAGCUUUGUGUCCUUUUUCUUCUCAUCCUGUAAAGCAUCUGGCUGUAUCCUAUAGAUCCUCUUGCUUCUCUAAGCACGCUGGGCUGGCCCAGGCCAGGCUGAGCACUGCAACAUUCCAGCAGACUGGAUUACAUGGGGAGGGGUCUCCUUGCCCACCUUUUGGGUGGGUGUUCUCGUCUUCAGUGCCACUGAGGUGCUGGGUUUGGGCAGGGAAUCUCACCCCCUGGCAGGUUCAAGUUGUGGUACCCAGCCCAGCAUCUCUUCAAACAGCAGCACAGUCUGCUGAUGCUCCUGAGUCCCUUUUCCUUUUUCCCCUGGAUAUGUGCAGAUGAGUGUUUUUAAACCUUCUUUAAACUGCUUUGUCUUGAUGCAAAUGAGUUUAUGUCUUGUCCCAUUCCACACCAUUCCUCAGCUCUGCUCCAUCUUGUCCAAUAUAUAUCAGAGCCAAAAUAUUGACAAAGUUCUCCCAAAAACUGAACUCUUCAGCCAGGGACCGGCUUUGUUUAUUUGUUUAUUGGUAAUUGGCUGAAAGCUGCAGAACAUCCACAGUGUUGGUAAGAAUUUUCCAUCUUUUUAAUUAUAAAAAUACAUUAGGAGUGAAGAUCUCCAAUUUUAAUUCCUGUUUAUUGUUUUGAUGAAUUCGAUGACUGGCUUACAAAUUUUUAAACUUCAGAAUCUGAUCUUUUAAAGAGUUAAGAAACCUCAGCUAUCAUUUUUUUGUUGUUUGUUUGUUUGUUUUGUUUGAUUUUUUUUGUUGUUUUUGUUUUUUCACUGGCUGAUUUUCCUGCUCAACUUCCACCCAGAAAUGAAAACUUCAAGCAGAAUUACUGAGGAUGGGGAAAGUGUUCAGUAUCUCCCUUAAGUCACCUGGAUUUCUCAUUCUGUUCAAUCAUUCUUUCACCUGAGAUAGGACUGCAUGAAAUGAGAGAAAGCACUUUAAGAGUUGGCAUUUAAGGGAGAGGUUGCAUGAACCUGUGAAGUCCUUUUGUGUCCAGCACUGCUUCUUAUUAGCAUAGGUGCGUUUUUGCACCUAUUUGUGCCCAUUGCCCAUGAGUUUGCUACAGACCAGUCCGUACCUUGUCAUGGAAAGUUAUGGGGCAAUAAUGUGGUUCACAUCCUCUCUUUCUGGCUUCAUCCAGAUUUUAUGACAUUUUAACUGUAACAGGAAGAAAAAGGAAAAAAAAAAAAACUGAGGCAGCAUUUUCUAGCCUUUGGGAUUAAGGGUUUGGCGUCUGCCUCCUCAGCCAUGUAUUCUAUGUCAUACAUGGGCAUUACACUGGUGGCUGCAAGUUGUAAAUUGCUCAGCAUGUGAGAAAGCUUUGUUUUAAGGCCAUGAGCAGGUUAAGGUAGAUCUUCACCAUGGCACUUUCCAGCUGACAGCACCUGCUGGGGGAGAAAUCAUGUUGCACUUCAAACAGGUCUAGGGAAAUUAUAUAUAUAUAUGUAUAUAUAUAUGUAUAUAUAUAUAUAUAUUUUAACAAUCUUUAUGCUGGAACAAGUUUUGUGUUUGAUUUUUUUUAAUUAUUAUUAUUUUUACUUCUAUUGCUGAUGAGUUGGCACGUUCUCCAGAGUAAAUAGAGGACAUAUAUGAUAUUCCUGGACAGCUACAGAGCUUUUCAAGAAUCCAGUGUCACUCUCCAGACAGAGUAGAUUUUAUAUCCCAUUCCUCUAGGGUGUCCUGAAAUGAGAAAAAUAUUAAAUUGUAAAGGAAAUGAGUUUGCGAAAGACCCUAUAAAUAAAUUUCCAUCAUGGAUUGGCCAGGUCUGUCUGGAUUUGCCUGGAAAACAUAAUGGUUCAUAAAUUGUAUAAGUAAAAUAAGGAUCAUGUCCAUCUCUGUGGACAUUUGUUGGAAAGCAGUCCUCCUGGUUUUGCCUACAGAAGUGAAAGGUUGAGCCCCCUGGACAACAAAUUCUGUUGGCCCAAAGGAACAUGUUGUUUUGAGGCAGCAAAUCCUGCCAUUUGUACAGAAGUUAUUGGGCUUACCCUGUUCCAUCCAGACUGUUUUUUUGGUCUCUCAUAAAAUCAAAACUUAAGCUUAGCUCUUAGCUAAGGGUGGGAUAGCAAAAGAAAGCAGAGGUGAGCUGUUGCAAAGACAAGGGAUUAACUAAACUGUACUAAAAUAAAACUUCACCAUUGUGAUGUUAAAAACAAACAAACAAACAAAACAGCUAGGAAACAGAUUGAUUUUUCUUUCACUCACAAAAAAAAAAAAGAAAAAAAGGAAAAAAAAGGAAUACAGGUUGGCUUUUUUUUUUCCCCCAAUAAUGAUCCAUUACCUGAUCAAUUGAGCCAGAAAUCUGGUCUCCCUCGUGUUUCCAUGUGCUCCUUGGGAUGCAUGGAGAUAAACAGAGAUGUGACUGAGAACCCACCUGUGACCAGCUUCUGGUCAUGUAAAACUCAGAGACAUCAAGCCCAGAUGAACCAAAAACAGUGACCUUGUUCUGGAAGUCUUGGCCAGAAAUAUUGUUCAUGAGCUUCAUUUAGUGGUUAGCCACAAGUUUAUUUGCUGUCUAUAUAUCAAGCCUCAUAAGAGGCAAAAUGUGUCCUAAUCAGGGUAUUUCUUUAUUCAGUGCUGAUCGACAUCUUCACUGGCUGCUCUUUGGCCUGUAGGUGUUUUUUACAAUUUUAGAGCAGGGAUCUUCUACUGAGAGUCCAGCAGGUGCAGGUGAGCCUGAGACGUGGGCUUUUGGCAGUGCUAGCAGACCUCACCUGAAGCAUUAGUCUGGGUUGUGGUCCAGGUCUGCAGAGAAGAUAGGACCAGCAAUCAUUUUAGAUCUUUGACUCUGCUUCUCCUUAGUGGGCAGAAAAGGCCACAGGAAGGACCAGCAGAGUGGACACCCCUGUCCUUCUAUCCCAAAUUCAAGUUUGUUGGGGUCCUUCUCUACACUUUGCUCCUAUUUUCCAGCCUCGCCCUAGAAAAGAACCCCCUAAAUCUUACCUAAAGAACUCAGUCAAGCAUUUCAUUUUCCAUUUUAACUGGAUGCAGACUCAGGGUUUUUUAAUGGCUAGAAGCCAAUCUCAACUCCAAGCUUCAAAACCAAUCUGGAACAUCAGGAGGGGAAAACAAUUUGCUCAGAUCGGCUGCACAGCACCCUAGUCACAUCACAUCCAUCACACCGGGCUCGGAGUACAGGCACCCUGGCAGAGCUGAAAGGUUGGUCUGCCAAAACUGUCUUUUGUUCUCCAUGAAUUUUUAAGGAAAGAGCACAGAGAGUAAGAAAAAGACUUGCUGUCUUUACUCCACACUUAAGAAUGAUUAUAAACAAUAAAAUAGUCAUAAUAGGUUAUUUUUUGUUUAGUUCAUCAGGUUCUGUUGAAUGCUCUGAUGGUUUCUGUGCAGUGUCUGGUGUUCUGGCUUUUCCUGUGCGGAAGGAGUUCUCUGUGGUGGAGGGAAUAGAUAUAAUGAGCGGACGGAGUCAUUCAACGCCAGUCCCUAGGGCAGGACAGUUAGAAACGGACCUGAUGUUGAUUUUAUGUUCAUUGGCAGAAGGCAGGAGCUACUCCACUGAAGUUAAUUGAGUUAACUCGGUCGAAUGCCAAGGCAAAACAGAUCUGAAUCUAGACCACAGUUCAAGACUCAUUUACAAUUUGCAUAAUGGAAUUAAAAUAAAGCUUCCAACUGUAGCAACAGAAAUACUCUGCUGAGAAUUAGACACUGGGUUUGCUGUUUGGGAUUAAAUAAAAUGACACCCAAGGCAUCAGCCAUCACAUAAAGCAACCGUGUUUUAUCUCUGCCUGUCCAGAUUACUCUAUUCUCCCCAUGGCCAUACACUGUGGUCACUUAGCCAUUCUCAGCUAUUUUAACUGGUAGAGAUUUUUCUUAGCUCCUUCUUUCUUUUUUUUUUUCUUUUUUUUUUCUUUUCUCUCCUACUUGCAUGGGAACUCAGAUCCUCCAAGUUUUCACGCCAGCUUUCAGGUUUCAUCUAGCCCCGCAGUUUACAAAGUUCAAGAUAAUAUCAACAUUUUGCCAGAAUUUGGGAAGCAAGUGGGAAAAAGAGUGUGAGAAGCUAAUGGAAGUCAUAGGGGAGCAUUAAAAGAAAUAUCAAAUAAGGUUCAGUGAAACCUUUCCCACGGGCCAGGGAAAGGUUUGCAAACCUUGGCACAGCAUUUCAGCCUCCAAUUGAACUUGCUCAUGUUUUGCUCAUAGAAGAUCUUGAGACAUUCAUUAUGACCUGCAAAGCUCACAUGAUGUCUUUCCAGUGUCUGGGGGCCUGGGGUUAAAUCUGGCACACUGCUAUCAAAUAUCCUCUUUUACGAUUAAUUUAAAUUUAAUGCUCUGGUCUGCUCAGGUAGCUUAUGUGCCCUUCUCUAGGCUGGUCCAUUCGUGCUGCUUUGGGGCACACUUGCAGAACUGUUCCUUGGGCUGCCUUUGCAUCAGUGGUGUGUUACUGUACCCAUCUGAAGCUAUCGCCAGUUUGAACGCAUCUCCUGAUGGCAUUCAGCACUGAUGGGUAGCAACGCUGUGUUGUAAGGGAGCCAGAGGCAGCGUCUGCAAAAACAGAGAACAACAAACUUUGUCCUAAUUCGGAAUGGAUUUGUAAGACUCCAGUGAGGCAGGGCAGGGCUGGAAAUCAGCUUGGAGUCUGGCACACAGAACAGGGGCCAGGAACAAAAGAAAAGUGAAGGAAGAGCUGACCCAGAUGAACAUCAGUAACCAGGGAAUCUUAUAAAUCUGGCUUCUUUUCAGGCAGACCUCCCUGUCCAGCACAGAUUUAAUAGAGGUGGGCUCUAUUGCACAAUGACACUUUCUCCUAAACAGGGUAUAUCUUGAAAGAGCAAAUGAGGGAUUUAACAAAGUCUGUGCAACUUUCUCUUCCUCUUCAUCCUCACCAGCACUUUUUCAUUAUUUUUUUUUCUCCCUGAAAAAAAAAGGAUACAUUAGAGCAGCCUCAGCACAAGGACCUGAUAUUCAAAACCAUUUCUCCCGGGUCCCACAGAGUAACUUUUACCUCUGACCUUAGCAAUUGUUUUCUUGGCAUAUGAACUCAAGAAUCUGAAAGUAUUUGAUUAUGUUCCUCAAACAGAGGGUUACUCAUUCUGGGCAAGCAAUGUGGUGGGCAACAACACAGAUCUGCUGGCAUCGAUAUGGAAUGAAAUCCUGACCCCAUGAAAACCAACACCAAAAUGUGUGUUGAUUUCCAUGGAGUGGGAUUUACCCUUAAAUUCUGAGGAGGAAAAAGAUAAUGAUUCAAGUAAAUGACCUUACCCUUCCCCUGUCCCCAAAACCUUGUUUGCCACCCACAGUUCAGGGUGGCUUUUUGUUUUAGAUCAAUAGAACUAAGAACCAGAAAGCAGAGAUCAAGUGGUAGAAGAUGGUCUGAACAGCCAGAGUCUCCUCUCUCAAAAUACUUCAUGAGUGACAACAUUGGGCUUUUGUAUUGGGGUCAGCUUCUACAUGUGGGGAUUUAGGACGUGGUAUCUUGCUAGAAAAAAAGGCACGGGAUUAAAAUAUUUGAGAUGGAUGGGAUGAGCAUGCACUGGGUUUCCAAAAUGCCUGGGCCUACGUCCUCUGAAAUAGAGAUACAAUAACCACAUGAAAGACUACUUAAAAUGAGCUUUAAUGAAGGAUGUUCUCCAAACAGAGCAGACCUCAGGUACCUAAAACAGAAGACAAAACAAUGACUUCACCAGGAAAGCAGCAUCUAUUUAAAUCAGAGCAUUACAACAGGCAUUGGCCCUUCUAAAUAUAGAGCUGGAUGCUUCCUGCCAGGCUGAGCUUUUACCUUUUAAUUUUUCUCUGUCUAAAUUAAUCACUCUUCCUUGAGGGCUGCAGGGAAGGAUGAGCAAGAAGCCAUUUGCUGUUGGAGGUGAAAUGUUUUAAAAGACAGGUUGUGUCAGGUAGAGCUGGUGGCAGAGAAAGGCGGUUGGUGGCAGAAGAGGAAGGACGGGUGUAUCCAAGCAUCGUCUCCCAUCCCCAUGUUCAGAAACACGUCAAUCUCUUGCCAUCUGCAUGAGCUGGGGCAUGCACGAAGAGACAGACCUGCUGCUAAAAUUCCUUGCUUCUUCUCAGCAACUUCAGGGUGACCAAGCCAUGGUGGCAAUUGGGUGUGGGCAUUAGAAAAAGGACUCGGCCAUUCCUAGCAGUCUGCCAAGCUCUGUCUGACGUGUCUGUUUUGGGAAUAUUGGCUCCUUUUCUUCUAGUGUCAGCAGGAGGGAAAAAAGUUGGGGUGUUUUCUUCCUCCCCACACACAAGUAAUUUCACUGAAGUGUUUUUGUAAGACCUUGUUUCACUUCAGAAGAGGGACAAGACUGAAAAGCUAAAGGACAAAACUGUGAUUUCUUUGUAUGUGUUACGAGGACAUUGCCUUGUGUGUGUCAUCAGGCAGACAUUUGGUUUACAUUCCUCCACUUCUGCUUUCUGUACGGACCAAAGUAAUGAGCGGAAAAUGACAAACCACAAGUGUAUGUAAAAAGGGAAUUAAAAUAAAAAGAAAUCUUUAUUGAUUCUCAUAA